AUGCCGCUCCAGAAGUCGUAUUCUGAGCGGAUUGGGCUCCCAAGACAACGCUCACCGUGGCAGCGCUCUCACAGCCACCCAAAUAACCUGCAGGCCCCAAACUCGAAGAAUCUGAUUCCCAUCUCCGACGUGACAAAGAAAAAGCUCAACAAGUUUCUCUACCAGGACUCCAAAGAUGGGUCCGCAGCAAAACAAGGCAUGAUUGGAAGCAGUGCCACUCCGGUGACUCGGCUGAACUGGAGCGACCUUCUCGAGCCAUGCAGCCAGGCCGAGGAAGAUACCAGCACUUCUCCCAGCGAAAAGCUGCUGUGGAAUAACAAGCAGGAUCCGAAUGCAUUCGCCACUAUUUCGCCGAUGAUGCCCCGUAAAGGCAGAAAGAGAGCCAGGAGCUCUUCGCCGAUCUCUUCGCCUCCCACCGAACGAAUCACCACGCCGACGGUCAACGUAAAGAAGCUCGCCAAAGCGUUAAAGGGGCCUCACCCCGACCCGACUCUGGAGCUGUGGGAUCGCUACUCGCUGAAUGGACCUGAGGGACAGUCUGCCAUCACCGGUGUGACGAAUCCCAUCCUAGCCCAGUUGAUGGUAUCAUCAUCUCCGCGACCUUCUAAAAACCAGGCUGCACAAGUAGAACAAGGGGACUUGCGCCGGGCUGCUAGCUGUGGAUUCAAUUGGACCAAGAGGAGGAGAGUUGAAAAGUCCAAGUCUGGCAGUCAGAGUAGCACUGGUCAGCGAGAGCUGGAGGCUGCAUCCAAGUCGUCUCUUGUCACGGCGUUACUAGAUUCAGUCACGAGUAGUAUUCACGACCAGACCCCGGAUGAAGACGCCGAUAUUGGAGCCAUGGACUCGCCGUCUCUUAAGAAGAGGCCAACUGCACCUCAGAAAAACAACUCGCCGUCGAGAAAUUCAAGGCGUCGAUUGCCAAGCCCCACCGUUUCGGACUAUGGCGACGAUGAUGAUCUAGAUGAUGAGCUGUUAAUGCUCGAAGAAACCUUGCUGGCAUCCCAGGCAUCCCAAACAAUUCGGGCGUCUCAAGUGGCAGAGUCUACUACAAAGGGUGAUGGAAGCACAGAGAGAGCAGAGAAACAAGACAGGCGGGGAUUGGAGAAGAAACCGGCUUUGGAUGAAUUUGACGAUUUUGAUGACGACAUAUUCGACGGCGCGGAUGAUUUGCUGGGAGGUUUGGAGACCCAGACUCCAGUGCCCGCGAGAAGGACGCAAAGGGCAAUGAAGUUGUCUCCCAAAAAGAAAACCCCGAAGAAGCAAGUUGAUCUGGAUGACGAAUUCGAUGAUGCAUUUGAUGGCGAAGUCGACUUUGAAGCGGUUGAAUACGCUGCGACUCAAGCGGUCCAGCAGCGAAACUCUGCCUCAACAGCUCGAUAUUUAGUAACCAGUGUCUUAGACGGUGAAUACGUCGAUCAAUACAACCGCACAUGUCCGGAAAAGCUGGUAUCCGCAACUGUUGUUGCUGAUUCUUUUGGCUGCAUGCGGCGAGCUGUUCUCCAAGAUCGAGUCAAGGCAACCAGCGAGGCUUCCCCUCCACUUGUCUACGGAACGAUGCUGCACGAGAUCUUCCAGGCAGCAUUACUCGCCAACAACUUUGAUCUCCCUUUCCUAUCUCAGUUGAUUGAUAAGAACAUUGAGAAGCACAUUGAGGAUUUGUAUACAAUUAAAGUUGGCAUUGCGGCUGCGAAAGAACACCUUCAAUCGAAAAUGACCGAGCUCAGCUAUUGGGCUAGGAGUUUUGUUGCAUCUCAACCGCAGGCCGAUGCCAUUGUCGAGGGAAGAAAUGGUGAUAGAGCUACUAUCGCUGUUAGAAAGCUCCUUGACGUAGAAGAGCAUGUCUGGUCGCCUAUGUAUGGACUGAAGGGAAACAUUGAUGCAACAGUCGAAGUCGCAAUGUUGGACGGCAAGCAGCCCCAAGUGUUGACAGUACCAUUCGAAGUCAAGACUGGCAAACAUGCCAACAGCAACCACAUGGCCCAAACGGCUCUCUACACUCUCCUGCUAUCGGACCGUUAUGACAUUGAUAUUGCCUACGGUAUCUUAUACUACAUGGAGACAUCCAAAACGAUGCGAAUUCCCGCCAUUAGACAUGAACUUCGACACAUGGUUAUGCAGCGAAACCAACUGGCAUGCUAUAUCCGAGAGCGAAGCGUCCAACUGCCUCCCAUGCUGAAGAGCAAGCACAUGUGUGGAAAGUGCUAUGCGAAGACUUCCUGUUUUAUCUAUCACCGGCUAGCUGAUGAUGGCGACGGGGAAUCUAGCGGCAUGAAUGAGAAGUUCGACGAGGUCAUUAAGCAUCUAACGCCAAAACAUCAAGAUUUCUUCAUCAAGUGGGAAAACCUGCUUACAAAGGAAGAAAAGGAAGGGCAAAAGACCAAGAGAGAACUUUGGACGAUGACAAGUGCUGAGCGCGAGAAGAAAUCUCGAUGCUUUUCCGAUGUCAUCAUUGAAGAAGGGUCCGCGUCGGUCGAUGAAGAUAACCCACGGAUUAAUCGAUAUCACUACACCUUUAUCAAACGCGAGCCUCCGCCUAAUUUCACGUUUAUCGGAUCAGAGUUGACGGUUGGCGAGCCAGUUGUCGUAUCUGACGAAGAAGGACAUUAUGCUUUGGCGAUUGGCUACGUCACCUCUGUUCGAAAGCAAAGAAUAAGUGUUGCGGUGGACCGACGAUUACACAAUGCGAGAAUUCGGCAGCCUGGAUUUGACGAAGUCAACAAUCAAGUUUUCGCCAGCAUUAUGGAAGUUGCGCCAGAGGGCGCAUCUAUUGAUCAGAGCCAAGGGAGAAUCAAGGAGGCGCCAAUUAGAUACCGUCUGGAUCAAGACGAGUUUAGCAAUGGCAUGGCCACUGUGAGAAACAACUUGAUCCAGAUGAUGGCAAACGAUGUGCCGGCUGCGGUGCAGAUUCGCAACUUGAUUGUAGAUCUGAUUCCCCCUAGAUUUAAAACAGCGGCAACGCAAUACACCGUGACAGACGGGGAGAACUUGAAUGUCGAUCAGAAGCGAGCAAUCGAAAAGGUCAUGAGCGCGCAGGAUUAUGCGCUUGUACUGGGAAUGCCUGGCACCGGCAAGACGACUACCAUUGCGCAUAUCAUCAAGGCUCUCGUUUCGCAAAACAAGACGGUGUUGCUGACAUCUCAUACACACACUGCUGUUGACAACAUCCUUCUCAAGCUCAAGUCGGAUAAAAUUCCCAUCCUCCGACUUGGUGCUCCUGCAAAGGUUCAUCCUGAGGUUCAAGAUUUUGCGCAUCUCGCGGGUCAGCCGAAGAAGACAUUUGAGGAGAUUAAGGAAGCUUGGCACGGAACCCCAAUCGUCGCUACGACUUACCACAACCAGCUACCUCCGGUGGUGAAGAAUGAGGAGGCUAGGCUGGGUGGCCUGGAUGUCAGUCUCUUCAAACUGCUAUCUGAUACACACCCGCAGUCCGUUGUCAAUUUGGAGCACCAGUACCGUAUGUGCGAAGAUAUCAUGACUCUCAGCAACACCCUCAUCUACAAUGGCAGACUUCGCUGUGGCACGGAAGCUUUACGCAAGAAGAAGCUUCACAUUCCCAGCAUGGAGUCUCUUAGACAGCGCCACCACGACUCAACAACGAUACAUCGCUCUGGAACAACUGGCUCGUUCUGUACCGGGCCCGUCCCUUCACGAUGCUGGCUUUACGAUCUCCUAGACGCUGAAGCUCGUGUUCGGUUUGUUGACACCGAUACAAUUCGUCCACAGGUUCGAGAAGAGGCUCAAGGCAAGCGUAUCAUUAAUUCAGCUGAGGGACAAGUCGUCUCACAGCUUGUCGAAAGUCUGCUCACUGUAGGCGUCCCGGCCACCGAAAUUGGUGUUAUGACACAUUACCGUGCGCAGCUCCACCUCCUGAAGGAUAAACUCAAGCACUUUCCGGGCGUGGAAAUGCACACGACGGAUCGCUUUCAGGGACGAGACAAGGAAGUCAUCGUGCUGAGCCUGGUACGAAGCAACGACGCGUGCAAUAUCGGAGAUCUGCUCAAAGACUGGCGACGUAUCAACGUGGCGUUUACCCGUGCAAAGACGAAGCUGCUCGUUGUGGGCAGCAUGAGCACCCUUAAAGGAAGCGGAGAUGAGAAUAUGCUGAGCAAAUUCAUCUCGUUGAUGGAUGAUCGCAAUUGGAUAUACCACUUGCCGGAUAACGCGCUUCAGAACCACUAUUUUGAAGAUUUGAGCACACAGCUCACAACACAGCGGACGCCCCGGAGGUCACCAAAGAGGCCAACCAGGGUGAGUCCCACUUCGUAUAAGGACAAGGAGAAUAAGAGGCCGUCACCGAGAAGAGCAAGGAUGGGGGAGGGGAUGCUACUCAAGGACAAGCUGAUUACGAGGGAUAUACUGAAUGAAAUGACGAAUGGCGCAUAUUGA